AUGGAGGUCGAUGAAUCGGGCAAGAGCUCAGCAUGGAGUAGAGAGCAGGACAAGGCAUUUGAGAAUGCCUUGGCAACUUACCCCGAGGAUUCUUCAGAUUUCUGGGAGAAAAUUGCUGCUGAUGUUCCAGGGAAAUCUGUGGAAGAGAUUAAAUAUCACUAUGAGCUCUUAGUUGGUGAUGUUGACCAAAUCGAGGCUGGGUGUGUGCCUCUGCCUUACUAUGAUUCUUCUUCAGAUGGUUCGACGACUCACGUUGGUGAUGAAGGAAGUGGCAAGAAGAGUGGCGAUUUUGGGAACUUCAAUAGUGAUACUAAUCAUGCUGGCAAGACUUCAAGGUCAGAUCAAGAGCGCCGCAAAGGUAUAGCUUGGACAGAGGAUGAGCACAGUCGACUAGCAUCUAGACUACUAGAUGCUGUUCCAGUGCAUCAGUUUUUCUACAGUGCUGCUGAAUCAGUCAAGCCUUUAUAUGGGACUGGAUGUUCUUCAUGCCAGGUUGCCUCCAUGAAGUCCCGAAUGCUCAAGGCUUGUAUCCACUCUUCUGUUUUUUAA